GAGGGGGAGAGAGGGAGGGAAAGGAAGGGAGGGAAAGACCUGACGGCAGCCACAAACCCCAGCAGCCUCAGCACCAAGCUGAGUUUCUGGAAGAAGCAUUCGGAUUCUGUGAACUUUCUUCUCAGCAUCCUCCCUCGGAUUCCCUUUUUGGGUGAAAGAAGGGGACCAGCUCGGGGACCACAGGACAGGAAACCACCGAGGAUGCAGCCCCGGCAGCCAGGAGCCAUGGAGGAGAGGCCGGGGGAGGGGACUAGCCGAGGAGGCAAUCUGUUCUCCUGAAGCCGCAAGCAGGGAUUCCAGCAUGAGGGAGGGAGCCCCUGUCUGCCGCAGAUUGAUGGCUGUGUCCUUGGAACAGAAAGGAAUUCUGCCUCCACCCGCUGAACACAGAGCCGCCUAAGGGAAGCACCAACUUGGGAAGUUGCCAGAGCUCCUAGUUGCCCCCUCCUGCACCUUCAGGACACAUGACUCUUUCCAGGCUCAGCAGUGCAAACAAUGGGUGGCACUUGGGGUCUUCCCCUCCCCGGGGAUUACCAUAGACACUGAGGCCGAGGACUCCGGCUUUCGGGAGGCCCAUGGAGAUCCACUUCACUCCGGGCUCCCUGCCCAAAGCACCCACCCAUGGACCCCCUUGGACUCGAGUCCACUGGGCCACCAAUAGAAUCCCCUCUGAGACCUUGAAUGCUGGAGACCCCGACACAGCUCUGGCAUCCUGAUCAUCAAUCCCAGACUUGGGGCAGGGCCGGGGACUUUUAGGCGUUCUGGGACCUUUAAAAAGCCCCUUUCGUGUCCUUAGCUCCCCCCUCCCACCUCUCAGACACAGCACGAAGAGGAAGCUCCCAGCAGUCAUGGGUGCGAGGGACACAAAAAAUCUGCAGGGACCCUUCCACGACCUGCUGGCAGCUGGUCCAGCCCCAUCCUCGCCUCCUUCCUUUCUCAAGUUUUGAUCAUCUCUGCAGACCCUGGGGGACCUCAAACGGGUUGCUUGCCCCCUAGACUCCAGAGGGGACUUCCUGUGGCUCUCACCUAGGGAGCCCUCUGGCAUUCAGAGGCUCCCAGGGAAGGCUUGAGUCAUGACACCCCUGCUCAGAAGCCCCACCCUCCAGGGCUCUAGGCCCCGAUGUCGCUGCCUUCCUGUGCCACUGACUCUUGAUUCUAUGGACACAGCCCCAGCCCCUGUGGGCUCCGUUCAGCACUGCCGUUGCCAGCUGCCUAAGAUGGGUGAUACCUGGUCCCAGCUACCCUGGCCUGGGCCCCCCAACCCAGCCAUGUUCCUGGUCUCCCUCCUCUUGGCAGCUGGGGUGAUGCACUCGGACGCGGGCACCAGCUGCCCCGUCCUUUGCACAUGCCAUAACCAGGUGGUGGAUUGCAGCAGCCAACGGCUAUUCUCCGUGCCCCCAGACCUGCCAAUGGACAUGCGCAACCUCAGCCUGGCCCACAACCGCAUCGCCACUGUGCCGCCGGGCUACCUCACGUGCUACAUGGAGCUCAGGGUGUUGAAUUUACGCAACAACUCCUUGAUCGAGCUGCCCCCAGGCCUCUUCCUCCAUGCCAAGCGCUUGGCAUACCUGGAUCUGAGCUACAACAACCUCAGCCACGUGCCAGCCGACAUGUUCCAGGAAGCCCAUGGCCUGGUGCACAUCGACCUGAGCCACAACCCGUGGUUGCGCAGGGUGCACCCGCAGGCCUUCCAGGGCCUGAUGCAGCUCCGAGACCUGGACCUCAGCUAUGGGGGUCUGGCCUUCCUCAGCCUCGAGGCUCUGGAAGGCUUGCCAGGGCUGGUGACCCUGCAGAUCAGCGGCAACCCCUGGGUGUGCGGCUGCACCAUGGAGCCCCUGCUGAAGUGGCUGCGAAACCGGAUCCAGCGCUGUACCUCAGAUUCUCAGCUGGCUGAGUGCCGGGGCCCCCCUGAAGUUGAGGGUGCCCCACUCUUCUCCCUCACUGAAGAGAGCUUCAAGGCUUGUCACCUGACCUUGACCCUGGAUGAUUAUCUCUUCAUCGCAUUCGUGGGCUUCGUAGUAUCCAUCGCAUCUGUGGCCACCAACUUCCUCCUGGGCAUCACAGCCAACUGCUGCCACCGUUGGAGCAAAGCCAGUGAAGAGGAAGAGAUUUGAUGUGGGUGCCUGGCAUCCUCUCCAUGCUGCUGACCACCACUGCCGUUCAUACCGGACACUCUUCCUGGCUGCCCACUCUAGCCCCAUGGUGCCCUGGCCACCUCUGUCAUAGCUCAAGCAAUGUCAGGAAACUACUUUUGAAUAAGCUUCUACUGUGGGCCAGGCACUGUGCUAGGAACUGGCAGUGUUAGAUGAAGGCACCUAGUUCCUGCCCUCAAGGCACUUCCCUCUGCUAGAGGAGAAAGAAUCAGAAAAUAUUCCCUUUAAGACAAUCUGUUGGCAUUCUGAGUACAUAGCUAUGGAAGCCCAUAGGAGGGGUUAUCAACUGUGCUUUAAAAAGUUCAAGAGAAGAAUAAGAGUAGAGGUGAUUUGUGAGCUGGGUCAUCAAAACUGUCUGCUUUGUCAAGUAGACCAAGAAGGGUGUACAUACACAAAUGAUAGAGGCCAGAAUAUGUGUGGUACAUUGAGAACCAUGGUGAACAAUCCCUGGGACCUCAGUGUACAGAAGGAAAGUGGCACAGGACCAAAACUUUCCCUCUGACACCCACCUGUCAUUGCUCAGAGCUGCCUACCAUUGCCUCCAGAGGGUGAGAGCUUUCCAUUCCAUUGGAGAGCUCACCAAUGCCAAGCCCCUUGGCUGCCUCCUACCAGCAGUAACAGGUGAGACCACCUCCCAGUGACUGCCCCCCACACUAGAUCACCAGUUGUAGCCUGCUGGCAAGGUCCCAGGUAGCAAGCUGAGGACACCUUCAGUGCCCUUUCUCCCACCUCUAUCUUCUGCCUCUCACUCCAACUUUGGCUUCAGAAGAAAGAAGCAAGAGGCCCAGGAAAGAACAGCUUGAGUCCUGGCACUCGGACUCCUAAUCUCGUAACUAUUCUUGCCGCAGUGCUCAUGCCAAGGAAUGUCACCAGGAAAGUGCACUGUGGGCUGCAUCCCUGUAGCAUGAUAGUACAGGACUGAAGGAGGAUUUCCUCUUCCUUCUAAACAACUCACUCACUUAAGCAUAAAGGUGAGAGAGCUAUUACCAAACACUUGCCAGUGUCGGACACUGUGAUAAACGCUCUCCACAAUUUCCUUUAAUGCACACAACAAUCUUCUGAGGUGAGCAUUAAAGUUCCCAUUUUACAGAUGGGCAAGUAAGGCCCAGAGAGGUCAAGGUUAUGUGAUUCUUAUGAGCAAAGUAAGUCUGUGCUCUUUCAACUACCCCAGUCAAGUAAGAAAACAUCACAAUUCCCUUCAAAAGUAUAUAACUUCAAAGUCAAGUAGUGCUGAUGAAGCUCCUAAUAAGAGCCAGCACUCCUCUGGGCACUAUUACAUCUAUUGAUUCAUUUAUAUUAGUUCUCGCAGCAGCAUUGCCUGGUGGCUUUUAUUAUUCCCAUUUUACAGAUGUAUUCAUUGCUGAAAGCUGAAUAUCUUACCCAAGGU